AGGAGGGGAAACAAGGGAAGACAGAAGAUUCAUAAAAACUACAGCAGUUGUGGACGACAGCAAAAGUUCCUCGUAAAGCUCAAACUCUUACAAGUUGAAGGAAUGGGCAGACUUCCAGUGGUCCUGCUCCUCUGCGGUUUCCACGCGCUCGGAGCAGUAGCCCAGGACCUGCAGACUGAGAUCACUCCGGCACCUGAAGGCUCCUUGCCAGACAACUGUAGGGAGGAGAUGUAUCCCUGCACCAGGAUGUACUCGGUUCACAAGCCCAUCAGGAGAUGUAUUGGUGCUCUUUGUCUCUACAGCCUUUCUCGUGUCUACGUGAUCAACAACGAGAUCUGUUCAAGGACCGUGUGCCAGCAGGAUGAGUAUCUGAAAGCCGAACUGUGCAGAGGGUUGUCCGGGUGGCCCAGGCGCGUUGAGAGGUCAUCUAAUAGGAAACGAUGUCGCAAUCGCCGUAGCAACCCCAAAACCUGGGCAAACAAGGCCUGAUGGGGCCCCGGAUGGCGAUGUGACCACCUGUGAGGAUGGAGCCUCUCUUAGAGACACAAGCCAGGGACGUCAUCAUAAAAACAGCCCAUAACACCGUAAAUCCACAACUCAACACCUGGGAGUCUUUUUCUCUUUCACACAUACGCACAUGUGCUGAGUCAUAUCUAUGUUUAUGUAUUAGUAUUUUAUGUGUGAAUAUUGGAGCUCAUAUCUUCUGUGUGUUUUUGGACACAUAUCAUGUCUUACAUUGUUUACGAUCAUCCAUUUGAGGUACUGUAGUCAUAGACCUAUAGCAGCACUGAGUCAUUCUAUUGUACAAAAAACGAACCACUCUGUGUACUCAUUGACAAUCCACUAUGUUGUGCAUUAAAGUAUAAAAAAAACAACACAUAACUACAUUUGUUCAUGAGUUAUUUGUUUAUUGAUUUGUUAUUUUUCGCUCUGUUUAUUCAGGAGAAAAAAACCCAAAUUAAAGUUAUGUUCA